AUGCCACCGAAAGGCAGCGGCCACACGUGGGUCCUGGCGGCAGCAGUGCUGCAGGCGACGCCGCAUGCGCACCUGCCCACUCCGGACAAUACCGUCGCGGAGCAAACCCGUGCCAAGGCAAGGGCCGCUGAGUCGCAACAGCCCGACGCCACUGCCGCGGACGUGGCCUCCGCGGCGCCCGCGGGGCAGGUGGACGCCGAGGAGUUCUCGGCGUGCAACAGUGGGGCUGCAGCCGGAGGCGAGCGCGCCCAGGUGCGCACGGCGCGCGGAUGCCGGAACGGAUGCGUCGCGCCUCGUUGCUGCAUCUUGCUGGCGGACAAGAAGAUGGCAACGUGCAGGCGCGCCUGGGAGAUUGCUUCCUGCCGGGCGGCCUCGGCCGCGUUCCACGAGAUCAACGUCGGCGGGUGCUACUUCCAUGUCAGGGCCGCCGUGCGAAAACACGUCGUCGAUCUGGGCUCGCGCAAGAGGUGCGGCGAGAACGCUGACUUUCGCUUGCGCGUCGGGGAGCUCUGCGCCCUCGCGUUUCUCCCCGUCGAAGACGCGGCGGAUUGGGUCGAGACCCUGGCUGCAGAAUUCCCGAACGAAGAGCUCGAGCUCCCGGCGUUCUUCGAGAAGACGUGGGCGUGCGAGACGCCGGCCAGGGCCAGGGCGCAGAAGGCCCCCGCGUUCCCCAUGGACACGCGGAACUUUCACCGUCGCACGCUCGACAAGAAGUUCUUCGCCACGAACGCAGCGGACAUCACUGAGAUCGCCGUCGAGGGCGAGAAGAAGCUGCGCGAGUCCACGCGGGCGCGCGGAGACAAGCACUGCAAUUUGGCACGAGGUCCUCCUUCCCCUGGUGGAUCCGAUGGGGUCCCAGGCUCUGCCUCCGAGGCGCCGGCGCUGGCCACCUCCGGCAUCGGCGUGGUGGACGUGCAGCGCGCCCUCGACGCCCAGGAUGCGCAGGAAGCCGCCCAGGAGACCCCCAUGGACAUUGAUGUAGUUAGGCCGGCCUCCGAGAACUACGACGACCUCGACGGCAACGCCGUCGCCGUCCCUGUCGACACAGGCAACGGCUUCCUUUUCGAUGGCAAUAACGGGGGGCACGCCGCCCCCAGCGACGAGGCCGUGGGUGGCCCCGCCGCCCGCGGUCCUGAGUGUGGCGGGCCCGCGCCUGCCGCCGCCGACAUCGAGAGGCCCGCGCCCGACCUUUGCGCGGACCCGUUCCUGACCAGCGGCGCCGGCGGGGGCGCCACCGGCCUGAACAGCAGCGCGGGGGGCUCCAGCGGCCUGGGCGCCGGCAGCGCCGCGGAGGAGGGCGGCGGCGAUGGUAGUGCGCAGGAGGGCACGGCGGCCUACUCUGGCGGUUCUGGCGGCUGUUUCCUGGCGAUGGUGAUGGUGUGGCAGGCAGUCGCCCUCAGCCACCACUCUUCCUCAUUCCCUGGGUCCAUCUUCACCGGCGAGCACAAGUCCGGUAUGACACCCUCAUGCGAGAUGCUGUUCUGGGUCACGAAUUGGUCGUUGUUCUUGUCCAUAUUCAUGAUCGCGAUGGACGGCGUGCUGCUGAUCGCGGGCCGAACCCGUGGCAUCGAGGGCUGCCUCCAGGUGGUAAAGUUGGGGGAGGGCGUGGCGCAUACGCUGAAGAUCUUCAUCGCGGUGAUGGGGAUAUGGGUGGUCGCCUUCAAGGUGAAGAGCGAGGAGACGGUGGGCUGCGCCGAGCUGUACAGCUGCGCGUGGUGGUGCUUCGUCGGGUUCCUGCUGAUCCCCUGGCCGGCCUGUGGCCCCCUGUCAUCUGCGGGCUCUUCAUCGCCGGGGUGA